UCGACUUGGAGGGUUAUCUGAAUAAAUUAUCCCUGCCUCUUGAAUUAUUAAUCUUGGCUGCAUGAUAUGCAAAUCAGACGGCCCUGGCCAUGUCCAGCGACACACCAGUGGGUCCAGAAGCUGUCUACAGCAACUGGCAGAGUUUCUGUUAAGAGAGAGGCCUCCAGCAGAAUGUCACAGAAUUCAUCGUGUCAAAACUGGCUGGCAGCAGAGAAUAUCUUGAAAAAGUACUACCUCUCCACGUUCUAUGGGAUUGAGUUCGUUUUGGGGAUGCUUGGGAACGUCACGGUGGUGUUCGGCUACCUCUUCUGCCUGAAGAGCUGGAACAGCAGCAACGUGUAUCUCUUUAACCUUUCCAUCUCUGACUUUGCUUUCCUGUGCACCCUCCCCAUGCUGAUAAGGAGCUAUGCCAACGAGAGCUGGAUGUACGGAGACGUUCUCUGCAUUUUCAACCGAUACGUGCUCCAUGCCAACCUCUACACCAGCAUCCUCUUCCUCACUUUCAUCAGCAUCGACAGGUACCUGCUCAUGAAGUACCCUUUCCGAGAACACGUUCUGCAGAAGAAGGAGUUUGCCGCACUGAUCUCCUUAGCUGUCUGGGUCUUGGUCACCUUGGAGGUCCUACCCAUCUUCCCUUUCAUAAAUGCUGACCAGUCAGGCAAAGACACCGUCUGCAAAGACUACGCAAGCUCUGGGAACCCCAAAUACAAUCUCAUUUACAGUCUGUGCCUGACUUUGCUGGGCUUCCUCGUUCCCCUCUUUGUGAUGUGCUUCUUCUAUUACAAGAUGGUGGUCUUCCUGAAGAGGAGGAGCAGGCAGCAGGUGACCGCCCUGCCGCUGGACAAGCCGCUGCGCUUGGUGAUCCUGGUGGUGGCGAUCUUCUCUGUGCUCUUCACGCCCUACCACGUCAUGCGCAAUGUGAGGAUCGCCUCGCGCCUGGACAGCUGGCCACAGGGAUGCUCGCAGGAGGUCAUCAAAACCUUGUACAUUGUCACCCGGCCUCUGGCCUUCCUGAACAGCGCCGUCAACCCCCUCUUCUACUUUCUCAUGGGAGACCACUUCAGAGAGAUGCUGAUCAGCAAACUGAGACAGUACUUCAAGUCCCUUACCUCCUUCAGGACAUGAGCUGCUGGAUGCUGGCUGUUGUUGGAUUUCGUUUUCCCUCCUGGUCCUGCUGCCCUUUUCAGUCCCAAAUAAGCAUACAGAGACAUAUGUUGAUUAUAGAACUGCUGGUCGAUGGCUAGGAAUUCUUAUCGGCUAUCCCUGUCUUAAUUUUUAACCCAUUUCUGUUGAUCUAUGUAUUUCCACAUGGUCUUGGCUUACCAGAGAAUGCCUGGAGUGUCCUAUUCCUCCUGGUCACUCCGUGACAUCCCUUUCCCAGAAUUCUCUAGUCCCCAAGUCCCGCCUAUCUUCCUGCCUCUAUUGGCCAAACUGUUUUAUUCAUCAACCAAUAAGAGAACCAUAUAUGCAGAAGGAUGUCCCCCAUCAGCAGGACUUCAGUCAGCCAAAUUGCUCCGCAGUUGAGUUUUAGCCAAGUAGACCACCAUCUCCAGGCGUUAGCUCCCCCAACUCAUGCAAUGACAGAGUACAAGCUGGGUCAUUGACAGCCAGCAAGUCUGUUUAAAUAUGCACACAUAUCUGUCCUUAUUUCAGGUUGUACCCAGAGCAUGAGAAAAGACACUUGAAAAAGUGUUAGUGUCUUUGCUCAAGAACUGAAAGAAAGUGAACUAACGCUGCCAAUGGUCUGGACACUUAAGAUCUAAAACCAUGGAAUUUUAAGAAUUCUUCUGUCUGUAUAAAAGAAAUACAAUGUUAUAAAAAAAGAAAUACAAUGUAGCUAGAUUAUCAUUCUGCAUGCAUUUCAUCAUUGGUCAGGUUGAUAAAUAUGUUUAGCAAAUGCUCUGCGAUUUUUAUUCUUGCAAUAUUAAAACUUUAUGUGAAAAAUAAAUAGAACUCAAUAUAGACCAUUAGCUGUUAUUUAUAGGAGCUAUAUUCUUGAAAAAAUGUAAAUGAGAGCAAUACUUAAUAAAAGCAGUAUAAUUAGUUUCUCUUUACUGAUCAUGAACUGUGUUUCACCUGUAGUAUAUCAGUCAGUCCUUUUCUGUUAGAUGGUCUAUAGCAAAUAAGAAUCUUUAUUUAGGUUAGCUGGGUGUAAAAUGUUCAACAAAGGGACUAAUUUGGCUCUCAGGAAAUUUGGCUAUGAUCAAAUUCCACAAUAAUAGUUUUGUGCAGUGGCAGUAUCGUAGCCAAGGAGGUUUAUCCGAGGCAUGAUUAUUGCUAAUUGAAAACAAAACAAAUUCCACAGUAAUUUUACUCAAAUAUUGAAGAUGCAUGCCAAGGACAGAUUCAGGAAUUCUGCCAUUACAAAACUCGUAAUGUGUUGGAAACUCAUAGGAAAAUAAAGCACACCAAAAUGA